AUGUUCAAGGCCGUCAUCCUCGCUCUCGCCGCCGUCGCGGUCGCCGUUCCCACCGCCAAGAAGGGUGACUCCUGCGGAGCGAACAGCGUCGUCAAAUGCUGCAACUCCCAGACUGCCGACAAGCUUUUCAACAAGGGAGGACUCCUCAGCAACCUCGAUCUUAAGAAUCUCCUCGGCAACUGUAACGAUGUUACUGUUCCCGUUGUCGGCGCCGCGGUUCCCGUCAAGAGCCAGUGCUCUAACCAGGCUGUUUGCUGUGGCGAGACUCACCAGAAUGGACUCGUCAAUGUUGCUUGCGUUCCUGUCAACGUGUAA